CAACAACCCAGAAAGAAUAGAUUUGCAUUUUUGAGACGUUUCCCCUCUACUCGUAAACUGAUUACUUUUUACCUCUUGGUGGAACGACUGUCCAGAAAUUAUUGAAAACAAAUGGGGGCAUUUUGGUUUAUGGAGCUGGGCAUAUUAAUAUUAUUUCUCCAGGCUUUCAAACCAGGGUUGUCGGAGGAGUCAAAAUGUCUUCCAGGUUUCAAUUCAGAAAUGUACAUUUUCAAAGUGGAAAGAAAUCACUUACAAAGUGGCCAGAGUCUUGGAAAAGUGGUUUUUGAUGACUGCACCAGCCGUACCAGCUUUCUCUUUCACUCCGAGGAUUCACGCUUCAAAGUAGAUGGCGACGGGACGCUGAAACUGAAGAGGGGGCUGACUCUGCAUAAUGGACAUAAGGAGUUCUAUGUCUCUACCCAGUCCAGGGGCAAGAAGAUCACGGUUCCAGUCAGAGUGCUGCAUGAGGCCAGACAUGGCCACCACCACAAUCACCAUGAGAUGACCACCCAGCCCAAGCCAGAAGAAAGUCUGUCUCUACCUGUUCUGAACUUCCCCAAGUCUUCAGGAGGUCUGAAAAGAAGGAAGAGGGACUGGGUCAUUCCUCCCAUCAACGUCCCAGAGAAUGACCGAUGCCCGUUCCCCAAGAAAGUGGUGCAGAUCAAGUCCAGCAAUGAUAAAAAGGUGAAGAUCCAGUACAGCAUCACUGGCACUGGGGUAGACCUACCUCCUGUGGGACUCUUCACUGUGGACAAAAACUCUGGAAUACUCUAUGUGACCCAGCCUUUGGACAGGGAGAGAAAAGACCAAUACAUUCUCCUAGCCCAUGCUGUUGCAGUGGGUGCAGGUAUAGCUGAGGAUCCCAUGGAGAUCAUUGUGAAAGUCAUCGAUAUGAAUGACAACAAACCUGUAUUUACCCAAGAUCCAUUUACGGGAACAGUUCCUGAAGCAUCAAAACCAGGUGAUGAGGUCAUGCAGGUAACGGCCACUGAUGCUGAUGAGGAGGGCUCUGUCAAUUCUGAUGUCAGAUACACCAUUCUCAGUCAGGAGCCUCCACUACCAAGCCCCAACAUGUUUGUCAUUAACCCUGUGACUGGAGGGAUUCGGGUUAACGCACCUGGGUUGGACAGAGAGAAAUUUACCAAAUAUACUUUGGCAAUCCAAGCUGCCGAUAUGGAUGGAAAUGGCCUUACCAGGUUUGGCAAAGCCAUCAUUACAGUAACGGACAGCAAUGACAACGCGCCACAGUUUGUGACGCCUUCGUACACUGUGUCAGUCCCAGAGAAUAAAGUGGAUGCCUUGGUGGUGAAAAUGCCAGUGACUGAUGGAGAUGAGCCUCACUCCUCUGCCUGGGCCACCACCUACAAGAUAGUUGAAGGGGACCCUCAAGGCCUUUUCAAUGUGUGCCCAGGCCCUAGCAAGCUGGAGGGCACCAUUAUGACAGUAAAACCUGGAGCAAGUCUGUCUCUACCUGUUCUGAACUUCCCCAAGUCUUCAGGAGGUCUGAAAAGAAGGAAGAGGGACUGGGUCAUUCCUCCCAUCAACUUCCCAGAGAAUGACCGAGGCCCGUUCCCCAAGAAUAUGGUGCAGAUCAGGUCCAGCAAUGAUAAAGAGGUGAAGAUCCAGUACAGCAUCACUGGCACUGGGGUAGACCUACCUCCUGUGGGACUCUUCACUGUGGACAAAAACUCUGGAAUAUUCUAUGUGACCCAGAGUUUGGACAGGGAGAGAAAAGACCAAUACAUUCUCCUAGCCCACGCUGUUGCAGUGGGUGCAGGUAUAGCUGAGGAUCCCAUGGAGAUCAUUGUGAAAGUCAUCGAUAUGAAUGACAACAAACCUGUAUUUACCCAAGAUCCAUUUACGGGAACAGUUCCUGAGGCAUCAAAACCAGGUGAUGAGGUCAUGCAGGUAACGGCCACUGAUGCUGAUGAGGAGGGCUCUGCCAAUUCUGAUGUCAGAUACACCAUUCUCAGUCAGGAGCCUCCACUACCAAGCCCCAACAUGUUUGUCAUCAACCCUGUGACUGGAGGGAUUCGGGUUAAAGCACCUGGGUUGAACAGAGAGAAAAUUUCCAAAUAUACUUUGGCAAUCCAAGCUGCCGAUUUGGAGGGAAAUGGCCUUACCAGCUUUGGCAAAGCCAUCAUUACAGUAACGGACAGCAAUGACAACCCUUCAUACACUGUGUCAGUCUCAGAUAUUAAAGUGGAUGUGACUGAUGGAGAUGAUCCUCGCUCCUCUCCCUGUUCCACCACCUACAAGAUAGUUGACGGGGACCCUCAAGGCCUUUUCAGUCUGAGCACACGCCCUAGCAAGCUGGAGGGCAUCAUUACAACCGCUAAGCCGCUUGACUUUGAGAAGAACAACAAGUACACUCUGCUGGUCACUGUGCAGAAUGAAGUCCCAUUCGCAAUCAGCCUGCCCACCUCCACUGCUACUGUUGUAGUGAAUGUGGAGGAUGUGAAUGAAGCUCCAGUCUUCACCCCAGUGGAGAAGAUUAUCAGGACACCUGAGGACCUCCGUGUUGACAGUGACCUGGUUCUCUACACCGCCACAGACCCAGACACUGCAAGGAAUCAGAAAGUCACACACAAGAUACGCAAUGAUCCUGCUGGAUGGCUAAGUAUCAACAAAGACACUGGGCUGAUCAAAGUCAAGAGCCUCAUGGACAGAGAAUCCACUUUUGUCCAAGACAACAAAUACUCCGUUAUUGUUCUGGGCAUCGACAACGAUGAAAUCCCGGCAACUGGCACUGGCACCCUUAUCAUAGAGCUGGAGGAUGUGAAUGAUAAUGCUCCAACCAUCGACGAGAGUGUGAUCAGGGUCUGCAACAAGGAGUCCUCCCCACAGCUGCUGUCAGUCACUGAUAAAGACAGCGUGGGCUUUGCUGCUCCAUACACCGUACAGCUUCAGGGGUCGUCCCAUUCUAACUGGACUGCCAGAAUGAACGACACAAAGACGGGCAUUAUCCUGACACUGAAGACUGUGUUGGACAGUGGAGAUUACAUGGUUGUCCUGAGAGUGUCUGACAACCAGGGCCUGCACCAUGACAGCACCAUCCAGGCCUCCGUGUGUGACUGCAAAGGAGCGGAUGUUCAGUGCACCGAUAAAGCUGUAACAGGCUUCGGCUCUAGCAUUCUGGGAAUUCUAGGAGCAGUCUUACUACUCCUAUUGUUGUCUCUUCUGCUGCUCAUGUUCCUGAGGAAGAGAGGUGGUGAGAAGAAGGAGCCUCAGGAGGACGAUGUCAUCUACGACUAUGACGAGGAGGGAGGUGGUGAGGAUGACCAGGUGAAAGGGACUCACCUGACUAGCUCAGAACAAAUGGGGGCAUUUUGUUUCGUGGAGUUGGGCGUAUUAGUAUUAUUUCUCCAGGCUUUCAAACCAGGGUCGUCGGAGUCAAAAUGUCUACCAGGUUUCAAUUCAGAAAUAUACAUUUUCAAAGUGGAAAGAUAUCACUUACAAAGUGGCCGGAGACUAGGAAAAGUGGUUUUUGAUGACUGCACCAGCCGUACCAGCUUUCUCUUUCACUCCGAGGAUUCACGCUUCAAAGUAGAUGGCGACGGGACGCUGAAACUGAAGAGGGGGCUGACUCUGCAUAAUGGACAUAAGGAGUUCUAUGUCUCUACCCAGUCCAAGGGCAAGAAGAUCACGGUUCCAGUCAGAGUGCUGCAUGAGGCCAGACAUGGCCAUCACCAUGAGAUGACCACCCAGCCCAAGCCAGAAGAAAGUCUGUCUCUACCUGUUCUGAACUUCCCCAAGUCUUCAGGAGGUCUGAAAAGAAGGAAGAGGGACUGGGUCAUUCCUCCCAUCAACUUCCCAGAGAAUGACCGAGGCCCGUUCCCCAAGAAUAUGGUGCAGAUCAAGUCCAGCAAUGAUAAAGAGGUGAGGAUCCAGUACAGCAUCACUGGCACUGGGGCAGACCUACCUCCUGUGGGACUCUUCACUGUGGACAAAAACUCUGGAAUACUCUAUGUGACCCAGCCUUUGGACAGGGAGAGAAAAGACCAAUACAUUCUCCUAGCCCAUGCUGUUGCAGUGGGUGCAGGUAUAGCUGAGGAUCCCAUGGAGAUCAUUGUGAAAGUCAUCGAUAUGAAUGACAACAAACCUGUAUUUACCCAAGAUCCAUUUACGGGAACAGUUCCUGAAGCAUCAAAACCAGGUGAUGAGGUCAUGCAGGUAACGGCCACUGAUGCUGAUGAGGAGGGCUCUGCCAAUUCUGAUGUCAGAUACACCAUUCUCAGUCAGGAGCCUCCACUACCAAGCCCCAACAUGUUUGUCAUUAACCCUGUGACUGGAGGGAUUCGGGUUAACGCACCUGGGUUGGACAGAGAGAAAUUUACCAAAUAUACUUUGGCAAUCCAAGCUGCCGAUAUGGAGGGGGAUGGCCUUACCAGCUUUGGCAAAGCCAUCAUUACAGUAACGGACAGCAAUGACAACGCGCCACAGUUUGUGACGCCUUCGUACACUGUGUCAGUCCCAGAGAAUAAAGUGGAUGCCUUGGUGGUGAAAAUGCCAGUGACUGAUGGAGAUGAGCCUCACUCCUCUGCCUGGGCCACCACCUACAAGAUAGUUGAAGGGGACCCUCAAGGCCUUUUCAAUGUGAGCACAGGCCCUAGCAAGCUGGAGGGCAUCAUUACAACCGCUAAGCCGCUUGACUUUGAGAAGAACAACAAGUACACUCUGCUGGUCACUGUGCAGAAUGAAGUCCCAUUCGCAAUCAGCCUGCCCACCUCCACUGCUACUGUUGUAGUGAAUGUGGAGGAUGUGAAUGAAGCUCCAGUCUUCACCCCAGUGGAGAAGAUUAUCAGGACACCUGAGGACCUCCGUGUUGACAGUGACCUGGUUCUGUACACCGCCACAGACCCAGACACUGCAAGGAAUCAGAAAGUCACAUACAAGAUACGCAAUGAUCCUGCUGGAUGGCUAAGUAUCAACAAAGACACUGGGCUGAUCAAAGUCAAGAGCCUCAUGGACAGAGAAUCCACUUUUGUCCAAGACAACAAAUACUCCGUUAUUGUUCUGGGCAUCGACAACGAUGAAAUCCCGGCAACUGGCACUGGCACCCUUAUCAUAGAGCUGGAGGAUGUGAAUGAUAAUGCUCCAACCAUCGACGAGAGUGUGAUCAGGGUCUGCAACAAGGAGUCCUCCCCACAGCUGCUGUCAGUCACUGAUAAAGACAGCGCGGGCUUUGCUGCUCCAUACACCGUACAGCUUCAGGGUUCGUCCCAUUCUAACUGGACUGCCAGAAUGAACGACACAAAGACGGGCAUUAUCCUGACACUGAAGACUGUGUUGGACAGUGGAGAUUACAUGGUUGUCCUGAGAGUGUCUGACAACCAGGGCCUGCACCAUGACAGCACCAUCCAGGCCUCCGUGUGUGACUGCAAAGGAGCGGAUGUCCAGUGUUCCGAUAAAACUGUAGCAAACUUCGGCAUCUCUAGCAUUCUGGGAAUUCUAGGAGCAGUCUUACUACUCCUAUUGUUGUCUCUUCUGCUGCUCAUGUUCCUGAGGAAGAGAGGUGGUGAGAAGAAGGAGCCUCUGCUGCAAGAGGACGAUGUCAGGGACAACAUCUACUACUAUGACGAGGAGGGAGGUGGCGAGGAUGACCAGGAUUUCGACUUGAGUGUCCUGCACAGAGGUCUGGAUAACCGUCCUGAUGUUUUCCGUAAUGACAUCGCUCCAACCAUGGCCCGGCCAGAGUAUCGUCCACGACCCGCCAACCCAGCCGACAUUGGCAACUUCAUUGAUGAUAACCUGAAGGCAGCUGACAACGACCCCACUGCCCCUCCCUACGACUCCCUCCUGGUGUUUGACUAUGAAGGAGGUGGCUCUGAGGCCGGCUCCCUCAGCUCCCUCAACUCCUCCAGCUCAGGAGACGACCAGGACUACGACCUCCUUCAAGAGUGGGGCCCGCGCUUCAAGAAGCUGUCUGACAUGUACGGAGGAGGAGAGGAUUGAGAAGUCAGUCAGCCACUAAACCUUUUUGCUUGGAAACUGUCCGGUUCUCCACACUUGGGUCUGUAGACUGAGGUCAUUUCUUUAUUUCCCCUUUUUUAUGCGUUUCGGGCACAUCUACAGUUUGGCAAUUUGAUUUGUGCAGACAUGGGACCAUUUUAGAAAAAUGUGUUCAAUGCUCGUCUUCAGCAUGGGGAGGGUGGCACACUCUUGGCUCUGCACUAGCAGGAUGUUGACAUGGAUUUUACACAGUUCAGCAGUUCUUUCUAAUGGACUCUUAACAACCCCAGAUUGUACUUGAAUUUAAUAUGCUUUGUUUGCUGUUUUUUGCUUCUAUGUUGGCGUCGUAUCGAAGUUCUUUUUUAAAAAUUUAAAUAUAUAAAUAAUCCUUUGGCAUGAAAUUGAAGUUACUGGAAGCCAAAUGAGCCUUAUGAUUUUUUUUGUUAGCAUUUAUUGAGCUUGAUAAUAAACUUAAGUUUGGAUUGCUUUAUUCCUUUUCAUUUUAAUCACUAAGUAUAUAUUUUUUUUUUCCUGAAGAAGCUCCGUUCUGCUUUUUUAAAUUAAAGAUAUCCCUUUGGUACAAUGAAGGAUGUUAAUAUUUGUAUUAAGUACAUUGUAAUUUGUCUUAUUUUGAAUAAAAUUAUUCAAAUUCA